GAGUCAGGCGCGCUUCAGGUAUAAAAACUGCAAUGCCACCUUGUUGCUCACAACUCUGAACUGGACCUUGCAGCUUUCAACUUCCUGCUUCCCCUUCAAGGAUGGACUUCCAAAUGUUUGCCGUGGUCAUGCUGCUGCUAGCCAGCGUGGAGCACAGCUUGGCCAGCUGCGUGGUGGACAGCUUCACUGUCAAACAGGAUUUUGACCCCCAAAGAUAUGCAGGCAAGUGGUACGCCUUGCAGAAGAAGGAUCCCGAGGGUUUGUUCCUUCAGGACAACAUCUCUGCUGAGUACACUGUUGGAGAUGACGGCGCUAUGGUGGCCUCCUCCAGGGGCAGAGUUACUCUGUUCGGGUUCUGGGUGGUGUGUGCUGACAUGGCUGCUCAGUACUCUGUGCCCAACCCUGAAAACCCGGGCAAGAUGUUCAUGAACUACCAGGGCCUGGCCAGCUAUCUGUCAAGUGGAGGUGACAACUACUGGAUCAUUGACACUGACUAUGACAACUAUGCCAUCACCUACGCCUGCCGCAGCCUGAACGACGACGGAAGCUGCGGGGACGGCUACGCCCUGGUCUUCUCCCGCAAUCCACGCGGCCUGCCACCUGCUAUCCAGAGAAUUGUGCGCCAAAAACAGGAGGAAAUCUGCAUGGCGGGUCAGUUCCAGCCUGUGCUGCAGUCCGGAGUUUGCUAAACAUGACGCAACCAGCAGCUGGAGAGAACUUGUACAGGGGAAUGAAGUCAACAUUCCAUUUAAGCUAACCUAAGGCACAAGAAUUAUCCUGUUCAGUCUAAAAUUGUCAAUGUUGUCAUGAGAGACCACCCCAGUGAAAUGUAACGCAAAUGCCAAGAUAAAAAGAAAGAAAUGUAUUGUCAUAAACACACAAAUGGUUAAACUCUGUACUGAUUCAACUUUCUCGAGGACAUUUUAUUAAAAAACCUGCAAGGUUCAUUGUGUUUUUAAAAUUAUUUUAUUAAAAAA